AUGACUAUACAGAAAUAUUUCUUUGCCGUGCUGAGAUAUGUCGUUUCGCUGACAGGACGAACUUGGCUUCGCUAUUUACUAGCAAAUUUCACCCUUUGUGAGGAACGAACCGGGGAUGUUGUAACUCUGAUGAAAUUCAUAUUUGAAGAGAGUGAUAGUGAACAUAUAGGAAACAUAAGAAUUAUAUUGCGAGACUACACACUGUGGAAUAUGGAAACCCUGAUGCAGAAU